AUGGGCAACGUCACGAACUCACGGAAGUGCAGUGAUGGCCAGUCUGGAUGAGUAGUACAAGAAUGUUUGUGUAGCGAAGGAAUCAAAUAACUUGACACCAACGUUCAUAAAUAACUACAAAACAUUACUGAUUGAGUUUAAGGGAUUUUGCUUACGAUACAUUCUCUCUGUAAGAACUGGAUAGUGCUCUCUGAGCGACACCGGGGAAGCAGGACAAAAUGUCCCUCUUCCAGUCGGCACUUGAUUUCCUGGCAGGGCCCGGCGGCUCCGGAGGCGCAAAUCGGGACCAAAAUGAUUUUGUUGGGCAAAUUGUGGAGCUUGGUGACAUGAAACUGAGAAUCAAACGAGUUAUAGCUGAAGGUGGAUUUGCGUUUGUGUAUGAAGCACAAGAUAUGGGCACCAGUAAGGACUAUGCUCUUAAGAGGCUCUUGUCCCAUGAGGAGGAGAAGAACAAGGAAAUAAUCCAGGAGGUCUGCUUCAUGAAAAAGCUCUCCGGUCACCCCAACGUGGUCCAGUUCAGCUCUGCUGCUUCCAUCGCCAAGGAGGAGUCGGAAACAGGCCAGGCCGAGUUCCUCAUCCUCACAGAACUCUGCAAAGGUCAGCUGGUGGAUUUUCUCAAGCGGGUGGAGCUGAAGGGACCCAUGUCAUGUGACACGGUGCUGAAGAUCUUCUACCAGACGUGUCGCGCCGUGCAGCACAUGCACAAGCAGAAGCCUCCCAUCAUCCACCGUGACCUGAAGAUUGAAAACCUGCUGAUCAGUAACCAGGGCACCAUCAAGCUGUGCGACUUUGGCAGUUCAACCACUUUAGCCCACUAUCCUGACUACAGCUGGUCUGCUCAGAAGAGGUCGAUGGUGGAGGAUGAGAUCACCAGGAACACCACGCCGGCAUACAGGACCCCUGAGAUGAUUGACCUGUACUCCAACUUUCCCAUUAAUGAGAAACAGGACAUCUGGGCGUUAGGGUGUAUCCUCUACCUGUUGUGCUUCAAGCAACACCCCUUUGAAGAGGGCGCCAAGUUGCAGAUAGUUAACGGGAAAUACGCCAUCCCCCAGAAUGACGUCAAGUACACAGUCUACCAUGAGCUCAUCAGAUCCAUGCUGAAGAUCAACCCAGAGGAAAGGCUGUCGAUCACAGAGCUGGUCAACCAGCUGCAGGAGAUCGCUGCCGCGCGGAACGUCAACCCAAAAUCGCCCAUCACAGAGUUGUUGGAGCAGAACGGAGGCUUUGGCAACAACGGAGCCCAUCUCCCAGCCCAGAUCCAGAACAUCCAGAAUGCAGGGGUGGACAGCGGAGACCCGGACCAGGGAGGGGGCUUCCUCGACAUCCUGAAAGGGGGAACAGAACGGUUUUUGACCAACAUCAAAGACACUUCUUCUAAAGUCAUCCAGUCUGUGGCCAGCCCCAGCUAUGCCAAAGGGGACCUGGACAUCUCCUACGUCACCUCCAGGGUAGCAGUCAUGUCCUUCCCGGCUGAGGGAGUGGAGUCUGCCAUUAAGAACAACAUCGAGGACGUGCGUCUGUUUUUGGAUGGACGUCAUGCGGGUCACUAUGCUGUCUACAACCUCACCAAGCGCUCUUACAGACCUUCCCGCUUCCACAACAGGGUGUCAGAGUGUGGCUGGCAGGCUCGCCGGGCCCCAAACCUCAGGAGCCUCUACAGCAUCUGCAAGAAUAUGCACCUGUGGCUGAAACAGGACCCGAGGAACAUCGCUAUAGUACACUGCCUGGACGGGCGUGCGGCGUCGGCCGUGGCUGUGUGCUCCUUCCUGUGCUUCUGCCGGCUCUUCACCACAGCCGAAGCUGCCGUCUACAUGUUCAGCAUGAAGCGGUGUCCCCCGGGGAUCGCCCCCUCACACAAGAGGUACAUCGAGUACAUGUGCGACAUGAUGGCGGACGAGCCCAUCAUUCCGCACAGCAAGCCCAUCCUCAUCCGGUCCAUUGCCAUGACGCCCGUGCCCCUCUUCAACAAGCAGCGGAGCGGCUGUCGGCCGUUUUGUGAGGUGUAUGUGGGGGAGGAGCGCGUCGCCACCACCUCCGGAGACUACGACAAGAUGAGUGACUUUAAGCUGGAGGACGGACGGGCUGAGAUUCCGCUGAACGUGACGGUGCAGGGGGACGUGCUGGUGGUCAUCUACCACGCCCGCUCCACCCUGGGAGGGCGCCUGCAGGCCAAGAUGGCCUCAAUGAAGAUGUUCCAAAUCCAGUUUCACACAGGAUUCGUGCCCCGGAAUGCCACCACAGUCAAGUUUGCAAAGUACGACCUGGAUGCCACUGAUAUUCAGGAGAAAUACCCGGACCUCUUCCAGGUCAACCUAGACAUUGAGGUGGAGCCUCGCGACAGACCCAGCAAGGUGACUACACCCUGGGAAAACUUUGCCACCAAAGGCCUCAACCCCAAGAUCCUUUUCUCCAGUCGCGAUGAGCAGCAGGAGAUCCUCAGCAAGUUCGGCAAACCAGAACUUCCCCGGCAACCGGGCUCCUUCUCCGGCUCGCUCUACGAUGCUGAGUCGCCUCAGUUGGAACAGACUCCGGAGGGCUCGACCAUGGAAGGAGACUCUCCCCAGAGCACUGAUACCAACGCAAACUUCUUCCAGACUCUGGAUUGGAACGAUGGGAGUGGUCACGGAGCGGACGUGUCCGACAGCGUGGGCGGGACCAUGGAGGACCAGGAUGAGCUCAGCGAAACGUCACUGGACGAGGAGUCAUACUCUUACUCUGGGGCAGCCGGCGAGGGCAUCUCCAGGGAGCCCAGUGGCGAUCCCCUUUUCAGCGCUGGGUUCCCGGCGGCAGACCCACCCCGGGAGCCACCGGGUCCCGACGACACUGCGGACCUGCUGGGGCUAAACUCUGACCCCAGCCCUGCCUCUGCUGCCCUGCCGCAGGCCUCAGUGAAGUCGUCGGCAGGCGGCAUGAAGGCCUCGUCCAGCAACAGCGACCUUCUCAGCGACCUGUUUUCCCCGGGGCCCAGCGGCAGCGCUCGACAGGGCAGCUCCAAUGACCUGAUUGGGAACGGGGGGCCCCACGAGGACCUCUUCUUCAGUACCACCCACACCGACCCGGCUGCAGCGCCCAACUCGGAUGCGCGCAAGCCAAUGAAUGACCUGUUUGAUCCUUUUGGGAUGGGCUCUGGCCUUGGGGCUUCGUCCAGUCAUUCUGGACCGGACCUCUUUGGAGACCUGCUUGGCUCCGGCAGCACCACUAACCUUCCGUCUGCCUCCAACUCAAGCCUCUUCAACCUCAAUAACCUGACCAGCAAUCCCAGUAAGAUGACGUCGUCCGCCAGUCAACCAGACCUGCUGGGAGGUUGGGACAGCUGGGGAUCUGCAGGGGGCGUGGCCGCCACCACCACAACCUCUUCGUCCUCCUCCAAUAAACCAGCUUUCGUCGCGCCCGCUGGGUCUUCCUUCUCCAAGGCCAAGUCUCAGAGCUUUGACCCGUUUGGAGACUUGGGACAAUUGGGCCCCACUCUGCCAGGCUCUUCCAGUGGUGGUUUCUCCAGUCCAGGCUUCAACCCUAAGAGUGGGGCCUCCACAAAGAGCUCCGGGCAGCCAUGGCAGCAGUCAGGACGGCCCGCCACCGGCCAGAGCAGGCCUUGGAUGAGCUCCACCUCCACCACCCCCAAAGCUCAGCCGCCCAAGCCCUCCCCACAGCCAACCAAACCUAACUACAACCUUAGCUUCAGCGUGAUCGGCGGCCGAGAGGAGAGGGGUGUCAGGGCCCCGGGAUUUGGGCCGAAGCCCAAAGUCAAAGAGGACGACUUUGAAGACCUGCUCUCCACUCAAGGUUUCGCCUCCAAGCUCUCUGACAAAAGGGGACCCAGGACCAUUGCCGAGAUGAGGAAGCAGGAGCUCUCGAAGGACAUGGAUCCCCUCAAACUGCAGAUCCUGGACUGGAUCGAGGGGAAGGAGCGGAACAUCCGGUCACUCCUGUCUACGCUCCAUACAGUCCUGUGGGAGGGAGAGACGCGAUGGAAGCCUGUCAACAUAGCAGACCUAGUCACGCCAGACCAGGUCAAGAAGUACUACAGGAAGGCUGCCCUGGUGGUGCAUCCUGAUAAGGCCGCCGGAAAGCCCUACGAAGAUUACGCGACACUAAUCUUUAUGGAGCUUAACGACGCCUGGUCAGAGUUUGAGAACCAAGGCUGCAAAGCUCUCUUCUAAGACCUGGAUGCGGCCCAUAUUGGGUCCUCAGGGUUCCCCCCCCAAUGUCAGAGAGGAGCGCUGCCCUUCCCUUUCCAUCGCUGAAAGAGGCAGGCGCCCUCCUCUAUUUUUCACCUGCGGUUCAACAUCAUCGCCCAUCAUUUGUGCAGUGUGAUGAAAGAGACAUCCUUUAGUGGGACGCAGGGUAGAUAUAAUUUGAUAUAAAGGAUUUAGAAUCUGUACAUUAUUCUCAAGGUCUUUCUCAUACCUUCGUUCACAAACGGACAACGUUUCAAGCACGUUUCGUCGGAAACCCUUGUCUUUUUGCGAAUUAUGAUACUUGGUGUAGCAUGAGUGUCCGUGCCCGAAUUCAUCCAUUAAAACACUCAACCACAACAAAUUGGGUCGAAAUAGGGGCAUGCGUGAAGGUGACCGAUGAAGACUGCCAAUAGCGGACAUGCUCCCCAAGCAGGUUCCAUCCGCUCUGAAAUGUGGGGAAUGAGUGUGUACUCGAGGGAGGACCUUACACUGUUGACACUGUUCCUACUCUGUUCCACUACUACCCUCCUUGGACUGAUGGAAAAACCAUCCGGCGCCGUCCUCUGCCGACAGACCAAGUUCCUGCUGUGGUUGCUUCUUGAUAGUUUUCCAGAGUCCUUUUCCCACUAACAGACUUGUCCCUCCUCCAAUAAGUCCUCCACCAUUAGCGCCUUGCUCUGCAGAUGGCAAAAAGAGGCUGCUUGCUCAUAACUCUACCCCUGGCAAUGUAGAGGAGAAAAAUGAAGAAAAAAAAAA